AUGAGUGAGGCGGCUCGGGAUCUCUCGCCCGGAGCGCCGCCGGCGGUGGCCGCGGCCGCCUCUGAGGAGAGGAAGGGGAAAGAGCCGGAGCGCGAGAAGCUGCCGCCCAUCGUGACGGCCGGCGCAGCCGCGGUAGGUGGGUUGGACAGAGGAUCCAAGGGCCAGAUUUCCACUUUUAGCAGCUUUGUUUCCACUGUUGCCCAGAAGAAAGAAGCCACGGAAAAUAGAAGCUCACCUACCCAUCUUGCUCUCCCAAACAUCAGGAAUGUGAGAGACCUACCACCAAUUUGUCUUGAUGUUAGACAAAAACAGCGCAUGUCUAUGGAUGCAUUAUCAUCUGAAGUAAAGGUCCCACCCCUUCCAGAACCUGCUCUUCCUAGCCAGCCUAAAACUGUGAAAGACUUUGAGGAAGAUUUAGAAAAAGCUGAGGCCACAGGAAAUUGGAAAACAGUACAUGCUUUUUAUAUAACAGCAUUUGAUUCUUUCACAGAAUUAAAUGCUGCAUUUAAGAAAGAUGCCACAUCCUCAUUUAACACUAUCGAGGACUCUGGGAUUAAUGCCAAUUUGGUGAAUGCUGUAUUUGAUGCCUUACUUAAUACUCCUCAAGAUAUUCAGAAGUCAGUAUUGAAGGGAAUCAUUAACAGCUUGUUACAAGAAUGGAAAGGUCCACGAACAAAAGAUGAUCUUAGAGCGUAUUUUAUACUGUUACAGAAUCCUCAAUUUAAUAUCACAUCUACAUAUGUCAUCUAUGCUCAUUUGCUACGACAGAUAGCUACCUUAGUGGAAGCUGACCAUCAUUUCCUAGUUCACUGGCUUAAAAAAUUAACCCAGAAGAAAUUCAAGCAACUGGUAGAGAGAUUGCUGCAAUUUGUUUCUUUACGCCUGUUUCCAGCAAAACCUGAAGAAUUCCCACCUCUAACAAAGUGUACCUGGUGGAUUCCAUCAGCUGCUAAAGUUCUGGCUCUACUUAACACUGCCAACAGUUUGGUUCACCCUCCGCUUGUUCCCUACACUGAUUUUUACAAUUCUACCCUGGAUCACAUUGACCUCAUGGAAGAGUACCACACUUGGCAGAGCUUUGGAAACUCUCACAGGUUUUCCUUCUGUCAGUACCCAUUCGUUAUUUCUAUAGCUGCAAAAAAAAUCAUUAUUCAAAGAGACUCAGAACAACAGAUGAUAAGCAUCGCAAGGCAAAGUCUGGUGGAUAAAGUAUCUCGAAGACAAAGACCUGAUAUGAAUAUGUUAUUUCUAAACAUGAAAGUAAGGAGGACACAUCUGGUUAGCGACUCACUUGAUGAGUUAACCCGGAAAAGAGCUGACUUGAAGAAGAAGUUGAAAGUUACAUUUGUAGGUGAAGCUGGUUUGGAUAUGGGUGGCUUGACUAAAGAAUGGUUCCUUCUCCUAAUUCGCCAGAUUUUCCAUCCAGAUUAUGGCAUGUUUACAUACCACAAGGAUUCACACUGCCAUUGGUUUAGCAGCUUUAAAUGUGAUAACUAUUCUGAGUUCCGAUUGGUUGGAAUUCUCAUGGGACUAGCUGUUUAUAACAGCAUCACAUUGGAUAUUCGUUUUCCUCCCUGCUGUUACAAAAAAUUACUGAGCCCUCCCGUGGUACCUAGUGAUCAGAGUACACCAGUAGGCAUCUGCGGUGUUACCAUUGACGACUUGUGCCAGAUUAUGCCUGAAUUGGCCCAUGGAUUAAAGGAACUCUUAUCAUAUGAUGGCAAUGUUGAAGAAGAUUUCUAUUCAACAUUCCAGGUUUUUCAAGAAGAAUUUGGAGUAAUUAAAUCCUAUAACUUAAAACCAGGGGGUGAUAAGAUUCCAGUUACCAAUCAGAAUAGAAGAGAGUAUGUCCAGCUUUAUACUGACUUCCUUCUGAACAAGUCUAUCUAUAAGCAAUUUGCUGCAUUUUACUGUGGAUUUCAUAGUGUGUGUGCGUCAAAUGCCCUAAUGCUGCUUCGUCCAGAAGAGGUGGAAAUUCUGGUUUGUGGCAGUCCUGAACUGGAUAUGCAUGCACUGCAGAGGAGCACACAGUAUGAUGGCUAUGCGAAAACAGACCUGACUAUCCGAUACUUUUGGGAUGUUGUGCUUGGAUUUCCUCUUGAACUUCAGAAGAAGCUGCUACACUUUACUACAGGAAGUGACAGAGUUCCUGUUGGAGGGAUGGCUGACUUGAAUUUUAAAAUUUCAAAGAAUGAAACGUCUACUAACUGGUUACCUGUGGCACACACUUGCUUCAAUCAACUCUGCCUUCCCCCAUACAAGAGCAAAAAAGAUCUGAAACAGAAACUGAUUAUUGGAAUUUCUAAUUCAGAAGGUUUUGGACUUGAGUAA